CUCUUCUUCUGUACAAUUGGAAAACUUUGUUUUUGUUCUUCUUUGUCCCUCUGCCUCUCUCAGUCCAUCUUUUCUCCCCCAAUUGACUUGCGUGUGUGUUUAUCGUUUGUCGAUUGCAGCGCCCCGUUCCCCCAGUCCGCAGACCAAAACCAAUAAAACAUGGGUCGGGCGUCCGUGCGCAAAAAGUUGCACCUUUGACUGCCCAUGUACAUGAUCCUAUCCAAGACUCUUUUCUGAAUGCACCACUCAACCCAAGAUUGAUGUUUGCGCCAUAGCCAACUCACCUCAUUCGUUUAUACAAUCGCACAACCAUGCUGCUCGAGGCGCCCCCACCUCGCCGCCAGGUAUCCAGCGCGCCCGUGUCUCUCAGCGCCGCAUCCGCCGUGCUAGAAAAGUACCUACAAAACUCCGAGACACAUGCGCACUUGCACCCCGAUGCCCUCAUCACCCCCGAUGGCGUGACGUUCAACGCAAAGGGCGGCGCAGUAGGGAAUCUGCUCAUGCACCAUCUGCGCCGUGUGGCUGCGGGCUUGCGCGGCGAGUACCUUGAGCCCGACACGACUCUCGAGGCCCAGGAAGAGGCCCUGGACGCUGCUGAUGGCGAGGGCAGCAAAAACACAGGCGCAGAGCAAGAGUGGCAAGACGUGGCCGCCUAUCAGGCCGGGCAAGGCGGCAUCGAGAUUGGUGACGUGGGCAACAGGAACAACGUUGUGCAAGAGGGUGGGCAGGAACCAUUAGUGCAGACCAACGACACCAAGAAGAGAAAGAAGGACCAGGCCUAUGGCCAUGAUCAUAACCAACAAUCGCCCCCAGAUGGACAGGUGGACAAGGAUGCCAGGAAGAAGGCCAAGAAGGAGCGAGACCUGCAGAGGAAGAGGGACAAUGCGGCAAAGGCAAAAAAGUCGGAUUAGCCAUCUUGCCGUGUCACCACAGACCGACCAAAAUGAGAGGCACUGCCACCUUUUGCGCCGUCGCACUGGAGCUACAUGCUAUCACUAAACUAACGGUCUGCACCCAAUCUUGCUUCCACACGCCCGGGGCCUUUUUUGUCCCACACCUCGUACUCAAACGCACCACCACCACAACAACCACCCACUAACGCCUACAGCUCCCGAUCCGCUGCCUUUACAGCCUU